AUGGAAGAGAAACCAAAAAGUACAACUCCACCACCAAGUGUUUCAUCGCUCAGACAAAAAUUUGAGCAAUUUUUGGAUAAAACUGAUAAAGGUUUUAAUGCCACUCGUAAUAAUUAUAGGGGUCCAGUUUCAAGUAGUACAGGUAUAAUCAAUGAUAAAGAAAAGAAAUCUCAUUCAUAUUUUAAAGUUAGAGAAGAAGGUAGUAAUAAAAGACCAUCAUCAUUUUCAGCAUCAAAUCCAAUAACACCAAGUUCACCACAAAGUACACAUUCAUCACCAAUUUAUAGGGGAGUAGGAUAUCAUCAAUACAGUAGUGUUAAUAGUGGUAAUAGUUAUAGUGGUAGUGGUAAUAACAUAAACAAUAUUAUUAAUAAUAGCAAUAAUAGCAAUAGUAAUAAUCUUUACGGAAAUAAUAGUAACAAUCAAUCAAGUGGCAGUCUUGGUAAUUUUUUAAUUGACAAAUUAGAAUAUUCAGCGGCAACAGUUACAGCAUCAGAUUUAAAGAGAGAACGUCAACAAUUAUUUCGUAACAAAGAGGAAUUCACAAUGGAAUCAAGUAGUUAUGGAGGUAGUACCAUUGGUGAUGAUGAUUUAGAUUCAUUGAAUGGUUCAUCGUCACAACAAUUCAACCAUAGAAAUUCAUCAUGGGCCGAUAGACGUGAGCGAUUCAUAAAGAAAGUAAUGAAUGGUCAAUUCAAUGAGGUACAAAUGAGAGAUGAACUCAAUCGUUUACGUGAUAUAGAGGCUGAUAAAAUUAGAGCCGAAGAAAGAAGAACCCCUUCAAUGAAUAUGGAUGAAUUUAAAGCGAUAGAGAUUGAACGUCUAAGAAAAAAAAUUUAUCAAGAAGAAUUGGUCAUAUUCCGUCAAGAAGAAAUUGAAAAAAUACAACGUGAAGAAAGAAUUAAAAUUGAAAAAGAAUAUGAUGAUAAAUCAAUCAUUUCCUCUCAAGAAAGACAACAUAUAGUUCAACAAAUUAUUAAUCAAAAAGAAGAUGAAAAAGGCUCAUCACCACCUUUUCCAAUACCCUUAGUUGUAAAUAAUAAUAAUAAUGAAAAUAAUGAAAAUGAUAAUAAUAAUAAUAAUAAUAAUAAUAAUAAUAAUAAUAAUAAUAAUAAUAAUAAUAAUAAUAAUAAUAAUAAAAAUAUAGAUUUAACAAGUUUCAAUAAUAAUAUCAAUAUCAAUAGUAAUAAUAAUGAAAUUAAAAAUAAUGUAAUUGUAGAUAGUGACGAUGAAGAAGAAUUAGAAAGAUUAGAACAAUUGAGAAGGCAAAGAGAAAUUGAACGUUUAAGAGAGGAGGAAGAGGAGAAUGAAGAUAGAGUUGAGAGAGAAUUGGCAUCGCGUAGAAGACAAGAAGAAGAUAGAAUAAAGAGAGAAGAAGAGGAAGAGGAGGAGGAACAACGUAACUAUUUAAGAAGAUUAAAAGAAUUGGAAAGAAUUAAACAAAUUGAAGAAGAGGAAGAAGAAGAACGUGAAAGACAAUCUCAAUUACAAUCAUCUCAACAACAACAAAAAUCAUCAAGUACUCAACGUUCAUCAAAUACUGUUACAUCAACUUCAUCAUCAUCUACUGGUGGUGAUUCUAACCCAUCAACAUCACAAAAACCAACUAAUCUUUUGAAUUUAAUGGGAUCAAAUAAUAAUAUUUCAAAUAUUAAUACAAAUAUUUUAUCACAUUCAAUUGUAAAUAGUAGUGGAGGUUUACCACCACCACCACCAACAGCUUCACAUGUUGACAAUAGGUCACGUAGUCAUACAUUGGCUGGUGAAUCACAUAGUUCAGAGAAUACACCAUUAGUUUCAUCAAUUGAUAAUAAUGGUGUUAAUAAUAAAAUGUCAAGAUCUCAUAGUGGUGGUGCAUUAUCAGGUUUAGCAUUACCAACUGCUCCACCUUUACCAAACCAACCAAAUGUAAAUAAUAGUAACAACAACAACAACAACAACAACAUCAAUAAUAAUCAUAAUCAUAGUCAUAAUCAUUCAAAUAAUUUACAUCAAUCAGCAUUAAAGAAUUCAUCAUCAAUGUCAACACCAUCAAUUUCACCAUCACAAGCAGGUAAUUCAGCAACUUCAACUGUACCAUCAUCACCAAUUUCAGCAUCAACAUCAAUGUCAUCACCAACAUUGGUGGUAUCACCACGUAAGGAUGAACUUACAACAUCAACUGGUUCAACUAGAAAAGGAUCAAUCUCUGAGAGAGAAGAUAAGAAAAAAGUAUCAUCUUCAUCAACUUCAUCAUCAUCAUCUUCAAAUGGUGGUCUAUCGUCAUCAGGUAAAGAUCAUAAAAAAGAUCAUAGUUCUGAAGAGAAGGAGAAAGAAAAGAAAUCAUUCUUUAACAAACUAUUUAGUAAGGAAAAGAAAGAUCAUCAUUCAUCAUCCAAAUCACCUUCAUCCGGUAGUAGUGGUGGUGGUGAGGUGGAUGAAAAGAAAAAGAAAAAGUUAUCACCACGUGUUGGUACACCAUUCAAUGUGAAACACGAUGUUCAUGUGAAUUUCAAUGCUGAUACUGGUUUCGAAGGUUUACCAAAGGAAUGGGAGGUUUUAAUUAAAUCCAAUUUCCAAGAGCCAGAGGUUAUGCAACAUCCCGAAGAAGUUUUGGAUGUAGUUAAAUUCCAUGCUCAAUAUCAGGGAUUGGCUUCUGCACCUGCAAUGCAUGCACCAUCCAUUCCAUUGACCGAUGAGCCACCGGUGACAUUGAAUGAUCUAAUCUCAUUGGAUGAUCCAAAGAAGAUCUAUUACAAUAUCAAUAAAAUCGGUGAAGGUGGUGCUGGUGAAGUAUUCGAGGCUAUAAACUCUCGUACCAAUCAAACUAUUGCCAUCAAGAAAAUGAAAUUGAAAGCUCAAAAUCUUAAGACUGUUAUCAAUGAAAUUGGUAUGAUGAAAAAUUCAAAUCAUGAAAAUAUCGUACAAUACAUCGAUAGUUACAUUGUGGCCGACGAACUUUGGGUAGCUAUGGAGUUUAUGAGUGGUGGUUGUUUGACCGAAGUACUCGAUCAAUAUCGUGAUAUCCAAUUGAACGAGAGUCAAAUCGCAUUCGUUUGUCAAGAGGUACUCAGAGGCUUAGAGUACAUUCACAAAUUCAACCGUAUUCAUCGUGAUAUAAAGAGUGAUAACAUUCUCAUUGGAGCCAAUGGUGAGAUUAAAUUGGCCGAUUUCGGUUACGCAGCUCAAUUGACUCAAAUUCGUCAAGAGAGAAACUCUGUCGUUGGUACCCCCUAUUGGAUGGCUCCUGAACUCAUUAGAGGUAAUAACUAUGACUUUAAAGUCGACGUUUGGUCACUUGGUAUCAUGACCAGAGAAAUGGCAGAGGGUGAACCACCUUACCUCGAAUUCCCACCACUCAGAGCUUUAUUCCUUUUAACCACUCAAGGUUUACCUCCAAUCAGAGACGCUCAUAAAUGGUCAAAGGAAUUCAAUGAUUUCUUAGCCCUUUGUCUUGAAAAAGAUACUGAAAAACGUGCUUCCUCAUCUUCAUUAUUACAUCAUCCUUUCUUAAAGAGAGCUUGUUCUGGUCCUGAAUUCUAUAAAGCUGUUGAUGCUGCAAGAAUUGAAAAAGAAAAUCAAUUACAAAAUUUUGCUAAUUUAACUGCAAUUUAA